AUGCAAGAGUUUUCUAAGCACUUUUUUUUAGAACUUCUGGCGGAAAAUGGAAGACUGAUUAUGAUGGACACGAUUCUUAGUACCUUUGGACGAGUUAUGAGCGCUCAUCGCGGAGAGGUUUUAUGCGAAGUCACAACCGCAAAAUUGCUCGAUUAUAACGGAAAGGUUGAACUGAACAAAGUAUUACAAAGUUUAGUCACUCCCGGAAAGAAAAUAAAUGUAUUGUAUAAGACGAACCCAUCUUUAUUAGCCGGCAUGACGUUAUCCGUUGGCGAUUACUUUAUUGAUAUGUCCACCGUUUCGAAAAUUUCCAGUUAUGCGAAAGCUUUAGAAGCUGCGUUAUGA